GAGGCCGCCAGUUUCAAGCAGUGUGUGUGUAUCAUGCAAUUCACUGAAUCUUCUCUCUUUCAAAUGUUCCAGGACACUUUAGAGCCACACAUGGCUUUUUGAAGUAUUCCAGUUGGGGUGUUCUGUGUUUUUCUUGUGUUCUUGUUUUUCUCGUAUUUGUGUUUUUUUUCCAAGUUAAAAAAUAAAUAAAUUAUUAAAUCUUUGGUUUCGUAAUGAGCUGGAGAAUUAACGUAAAGGUUUAUUUCGUUUGAGUCUGAGGAUUUUUUUCUGUACAUCUGUGUUUUUCUCGAGAGAUAGAUGUAGGACUAUGGGAUGCAAUCAUCAUUGGAAACUAGACGGAGAGUUACAGUUCAUACCUGGAGCUCUUCUGUGUUUGGUCGUGAGUGUGUAUGUGUGUAGUUUCUUGCUCUGAUUCCAUACAAUUCCCAAAAGUCAAGCAAAAGAGAAAGUUUUAAAAGUUAUUUAUGUUUGAAAAUAAAGUUUUUCCCGUGUUCCGUCACAAACAGAAAAACUUGCCCUCGUGGAACCCGCUCGAUUUUGGAUAAUUAAAAAACAAAGGAGGAUGCUUUGAGGGCAUAUAUCAUCAUUCCUCUUUCAAUUUCGGAUGUGCAUUUCUGAGUCUUCUCCUUUUAUCAUAGUUGUCAUUGGUUCUAGUGCUGGGAAUGCGAAUCAUUUUUUCUAUGUUGAAAAGUUGAUUAAUGUCAUUCAACAUGCUCCCAGCCUGAAAAGGGGGAAACACUCUUCAUCGUUCUCACAACGCAACUUUGGCGCCUUUUUUUUUGUACUCUUCCAAGUCGACGUGUUUCUGUGUGAUUGUGUUAGGAACCAGUCGAAAUUCUAGUUGGCAAUUAACAUGUCAUUUCGACUUUUUAACAAAGUGGACAAAAUGCAGUCCACUAAGAGCAGGAAACUAUUGCGCUUUAGUCCCAAGCUCAGAAAGCGGAAGUCAGAAAAGGGCGUCCAUGGUGUAACCAUGGCAACCGGUAACGACGGCCAUGUUCCAAAUGGUCUCAACGACAGAGAACGAUUGGAAAUGAAACAAGCAUUUGAUAUGUUCGAUAAGAAUAAUGAUGGUAAAAUAUCGUGCGAUGAGCUGGGAUGCGUGCUCAGGACAUUAGGACACGAGUACUCUCAGAUGGAGAUAGAGGACAUGAUCAAGCACGCGGACAUUAACGAGAAUGGUUAUGUGGAAUACGAUGAGUUCCUGGUGCUGAUGAAGCGCUGGUCUACGCAGACUGUUGAAGCCCCUGAGGAAGUUGAAAAAACAGAAGACAAAACCAAAGAGACUUUUAAGGUGUUUGAUAUGGAUGGCAAUGGUUUCAUAGAUCAGCAUGAGUUGCGGUACAUAAUGAAAAGGCUGGGUGAGAAUCUCGAGGAGGAAGAUGUGAAAGAGAUGUUCCAAUUGGCAGACUUAAACGGAGAUGGUUUAAUAGACUACGAAGAAUUCCAGAAACUUCUGGGAGGUUUAGGUGGAGGUCUUGGAGCUGGAGCCUCAGGUUCUCAGGCACCGUCUUCAUCCACUUCUUCUUCAUCCUCCUCCUCCAGCAAACACACACCGAAAGCUUCAAAGUCCAAAGAUGGGAAGAAGAAAUAGAGUAAAAAUUGUACAAACAAAUCUGUGAUAUGUCGCACAUGAUUGGUUGACGUGAAAAGACCUCAGAGCUAAUACACUCAGAGCUAAAUUUCUCACUGCUUACACUGUAAGCCAAUUUUUAAAAAAACUUUUGGAGCUAAAAUAUUAAGAGCCUAAUUUCUUGGAGCUAAACUCUGUGCUAAAAUAAUUGGAAAUCAACUCAAGGAGCUAAAAGUCUGAGAUAGAACGCUUGGAUCUAAAACUCUAGGCUCUCUCACUCACUUAGAGAUGUGUUAACUGAGGUUUUAUUUUAUGUGUUUUAAAAAAUGUUUCUGUUUAGUUUUUUUUACAACCAGGAAGUUUCUUUUCAAUGUAUAAACAUGUCAAGACAUACCAGCUAGAUUGUGGAAAUUCAACAAGUGUUUCUGUUUAUUCUUUGACACUUCAGAUUAUGAGAUUUUUUCCUUUUCCCCCUUUGAUUUUUUCUUGGAUGUAUUUUAUUGAAAAAUUCAGUCUCCAUGCAAAGGAUUGUUCACUGCUAUGGAAGCAUCUAGCAAACAUCUUUAAUCAUCAAUUUUUCAUCAACUGUUUAUUGAAAUAAUAUAUAUUUAAUUUAUUACAGUUUGUAGUUUAAUACCGGUAAUUAUUUGCAUUUAUGUGAAAUUAUCAACCAUUUCAGGCUUGCGUUAAAGUCUGGAAACAUUUUGUAUUGUCACCUUGCAGUAUUGACCUAAAGAGUUAGGAGUUAUUUCUAUUCAUGCACAGAGUGUUAUGGAUUUAUUAUUUUUACUUUUUUUAAAUUACUAAACUGAUAUUAAAUAUUUAAUUCUUACAUUUCGUUUCAUUUCAUGCUUGUUUAUUAAAAAUGUAGAAUUUAAAAAUACAUUUUCAGUACUACUUGUUUUAAAUUGAAGUGUAGUUCUAUUCUGUAAAUAAAGAAAUGUACAUAAUUUUUUUCCUUUUUUUUUCUAAUGAUAAUUAUUUCAUCACUUUUAUAUUGAAGUUGUAGUCUAUUUUUCAGGGGCAAUAAUUAUCUUUGUCUCAGAAAAUCAGACAAUACUAUUGCAUGUGUUCUUUGUUGACAUUUUUUUUAUACACUCUUUUGCAACACAAAGAUGAUCCCAUGAACUAAAGAAGCUGUCCUGUGACACUGGUUAAAUUCACAUGAAAAUUAGCUAGCUGUUACACGAGCCAUGUCAAAGAGCUAAAUACAAUGUUAUGGAUGUUACCAGGAUUUUUUUUCAGGGAGAUUCUAAUGUGGGUUGGGAUGGGGGGAGAGGAUUAAAAAAUUUUUCUGUGUUUACAAAAAGGCUGCAGCACAGCAUCUUGCUAUUCUUCUAACCAAAACAAAAGUGCAGACCAAAUAUCAAAACCCAUGGCUGCACCUACAGAAGACCUUGACUAUUCUGCUUGAAUUAUCAUGUUACUUAUUAAUGAAGCUUAGCGAUGAUAGAAAAAUCUCUCAUCCCCCUACCUUGACUUCAGCCAUAGAAUUCAGUGGCUACACUUUCCUUCAUUUUCCUCAAGCUGUUUCUUGAACUCUCGAUAAAUUACAUUAUUAUUGAAGCUCAGCAAUCGGUCGGAAAAUAGAUAGAGUGUGACAUAUUACUGGGGGAGUGUCGGGGGAGUGCUAAGCCCAUGCAUCAUUUUAAGUAAAAAGUUGGUUGGAAUAGAGCAUAUUAUUAACUGGUGCUAAAGGACUUUUGUAGGAACCAAAAAAAAAGUUUUCAUUUAGAAAAGACAGGGCAAUUUCUUAUACUGUCACAGGGUCUCAAUCCACACUGGCCCUAAAACAAUAAUAUUGUAACAAUUGAUAUAGUCUAAUUCUAACAAUUAAACCAUAUCCUCUACAAUUACAACAAUCCAAGAUCUUGAGACACAAAAUACAGUUAACUAACCCUAUAAAAGUGGAUAGAUGAAAAGGGUUUUCAAUAAAAACAUCUGAUGUUAGACCAAACAGUACCAUGGCCUCCUCUUACAAGUUACAGGGCUACUUUCUUCUAUUAUACACAUUGCACGAUGGUCAUUCUUGCAAAUCAAAACAUUGACGAGUCAUCACAACAGAGGUCAAUUGGAGUCAUCCAGAUUGAACAGUCAUAAUAAACCUACUACAUUAAGAUAUGUAUGAGGAUACUGACACCUGUGCUAAAGGACUUUUGUAAAAAGCUAAGAAAGUUGUAAAAAAAAAAAGAAAGUUUUCUUAUAUAAAAGACAGGCCAAUUCAUUUUAAAAAUUCUGGCUUUUCACCAUUUGAAAGAAUGCAACAUAAAGCUUAUAUUAUUAUGAACUAAUAAAAUAUUUGAACUCCCAUAUAAGUUAAAAGCAUCUAGUGUACAUAAUUUUCUUUUCCUGUAAAAUAAAAUAAUUGUGGAGCAUGCAAAGGAGUUAUCUUUACAUUAAUAAAAAAAAUAGGUUCAUGUAUCUUAGCUUUUUGAAGUCUAUGGUGAAUAGCUUUACAGCAUAUGCAUCACAUUUCUAACAAACUCAAGAAUUUUGAUUUUAGUCCACACAAAUAAAAAAAAUAUUUUUUUUCCUUUUCUUUCACAAUGAAUAACAAAACAAAUUAUAUCAUAAAAAAUUGAUGUCAUAAAUCUUUUUAAAAUUUUAAUUCUAGCAUAUAGAAACUACAUUAAACCUAUAUAUUGGUCUUCUAAUAAAAAAAAGAAAUAUUUAUUUGCUGGAAAAGUUUUAUUUUUUUUUGUGUACUCCCAAUCAACAGAAAUACAGCAAAAAAUUCAGAGUGAAAACUUAACAUAUUUUUUGGGUUGCCUGAACUUUUAGACUUAAUAAAAUUACUCUUGUUUUUCUUCUAAACUUAAACCUUUACCUCAAGCUAAAAAGAAAGUAUGCUAUAAAUUUAUUUUGGUCAAGAAACUUCAAACUAUCCAGAUGUUGGAUGCACUUUCUUCAAAAGUUGAAUUGAAUGUCCUAAAGCAUAUAGCAUUAUAGUGGUCAUAUUAUUAGUUGUAUUUUUCAAUAAAUAUAGUUUUUCUUUCUUCUUUGAAAUUUGAAUUCUCUGUGCACAGUUGAAAUUAUUCUUUCAUAUAGUUUUGACAUUAUUUAAGUUUUAUUUGUGUGUUCUAACACAAGUAUUGAUGUUUUGUUUUAUAUACCUGAGUGGAAAGAAUUUGCAUCAAUUUCUUUCCUUUGAAUUUUUUUGUUUGUUCUUUGUGUAAUUUUUCUUUAUCUCCAUUGUAAUUUGAAUGAUCAUUUUCUUUUCAAAUUUUACAAUGUAUGUAGGUACAUUGAACAGAAAUCUGCGUUGCACAUAUCACAUAUGUUAGCAAUUAAUUGUUGACACAUAGGUCAGUAUUUCGAAAAAAUUUUAGUGGUAGAUAGUUGGAAGUCACCAUAAACUUUUUAGUUUACCUCCACAUUUAUGUCCCUUAACUGGGGUUACUGUUUUUAAAAAAACUAACUAAAUGGAGUUUUGAAUAUCAGUUGUUGUUUUUUUCUUCUUGUUUUUUUUUUCUGUCAAAAAUAUUUUAUACUUGUGACAGUGUCAUUCAUGACCACUAUAAAAAUUACUCUGAAAUAUUUCAGUUCUUAAGUGUCAUUUUUUUUUAAAGUGUAUUUUAAGAAAGAAAAACUCUUUUUACAUUCAAUUUUGAGUAAUGAAAAACAAAUCAAUAAAUUCUUAUGAAAGAGGCAAUGUUUAUUGAUUUCAAAAGGCAUUUUCUUGUUAAAACAUUUGUCUUUGACUUACAAUUUUUACUGUCCCAUCACAUUAUAUCUGUAAAUAUACUUGCAACUUUUUUUUUUUCUUUCAUUGAAAAACACUAGUUUUUAUGCAGUCAAGUUAUAAAUAGCCUUGUAUAGAAUAAUGUUUGUUUAGUACAAAGUACUGGAUAAAUUCUGUUAAUGCCUAUAAGUAGAUGUCUUAUAAUGUUGUGUGAUUGUCACCACUUUCCCUUGAACAUAAAAUAACACUACCAGUUAUAUGCUUGAGCCCUUUCUGUGUGUGUACAUUUUUUUCCCUUAGUUUUUUUGUAUGUCUUUAUUAUACAUUAUUUUUUAAUUUCACAGAUUUUAAUUACUAGCUUUAAGUAGAUAAUUCGAUGACAAAGAUCAAACACAAAACAUAUCAUUUUCUUGAAUUGGUAAAAACCAGGGCUGGAAAUACCUCUAGACAACACAAGCUAUAGCUUAGGGCCCCCCAAGAAAUAUUUUUAGCACUUACAUAUAAUAUCUGGACUUAUAAAGGGCCCCAUAUAUAUAAUAACUUAGGACCUUUUCAAGUCUAAAUACAGUACUGGUAAAAACUUGUUUAUUUUAUGAAUUUAGUUAUGUGUAUAUAUUUGACCUCAAAGAGAAUAAGAUUUUGGUCCAUUCUGCCUAGUUAGAUCUAGUAUCAAAUUGAUUGAGUUAGCAAUUUAAUAUUGGUAUUAAAAGCUGUAAAAAUUAAUUUUACAGUGGCAUUGAUAGCAAUUAAUGACUUCACAUCAGAACUCUAUUGAUGGUGGGCAUAAGUCUGCAAUGAAUGACAUAGUGAUAGUGCCCCCACAGAAAAUAUUUUGGAACUUAGUAGAUAAUUAUCUUUUUCUUGAAUAAUAGUUAUUUUUUAUUUUUGAUAUUCUAACACUUAUAAACCUAUUACACAGAAUAGUUACUUUUGUAAUGAGCUUUGAUUUCUUAUAUAUGCAAAUGUAUCAUCUCUCUUAAUUUUAAAUUUUUAUAUAGAAAAAAGUUUUUUUUUUAAACACAAAAAAUUGUCUUUAUCAAUUGUUCCACAUUCCACUAUGAAAUCAGAACUGUCCUGAGUUUGUCCUAAGUUUGUGUUGCCUAUUGCCCAACCACUAUUUAUGCAGUAUAAAAGUUUUUUUUUUUUAAAUCAAUUAUUUCGUUGUUGUGUUUCUAUAAUAUGUAAUGAUAUUGCUGACAGGUGAACAUGUAUAGUGUGAUGUUAUUGUCGUUUUUUUUUUUACUACAGUUGAACCUUGUCAUAUUAAUGAUGACUCAUUAGCUAUCACAAGUCUUCUUCUUCUUUCUCAUUGUCAUAAGAGUUGAGUCUAUGACUCUUGGAACUCUAGGCCCAUGGAAGUGUACCUCUAUCUUCUGACUGGGAAAGAUCCAAGGGGAUGUAAAUUAUUACAUCCCUAUUACCAAUGGCUCAUAUCCCAAGGUGCUCGGAUUAGAAGUGAGGCCAGUGCCAGAGCACAUCCCCCAUAUUCUUUUCUGUGCCACAUCAGCCAUGCAAGAGGCCGCCAUAAAAACAGUCACUUGAGGAAGGGUGUUUGUUGGGACUUGCUUCCAUCCCCACCAGUGCAAUGGACUUGGUCCUUAGGCACCCCAACAGUGGUUCUUUUUUUGCUUCUCUAUUGGCAUAAUUGUCUUCUAACAAUUGUUUCCAUCCGAGUGCCACAUUGAGGCUGAGAAGCAAUGCCCAAGCUAUUGCAAGUCAAAUUUAGCUUUCAAAAUGAAGAUUCCUGAUAUUAUCUAUUUGAAAUGGUGCAGCCAUUGAGCUUGAGAUAAUUUCAUAUAUCAGAUGUUCGAUAAUAGUGAUGACAAUAUACCCUACCUCCCAUAACUCAGUUAAGAUUGAUGCAUGCAUUUAAAAACAAAACAAAAAAGAAACUGGGUCUUUGAAACAUGCUGUUUGAUUUGACAAGGUUUUAUUGUAUUUAAAAAAAAUAAAAUAUUUAGUUAGUUGUCUUUUUUUUUUAUUAUUGAAUAAGAUCUAUCUAUAUAUAAAUACUUAUAAAUAUUUAUAAAAUUAUUUCACUUGAAAAUGUGAUUUAAUGCAAUAUUUAUUCCAACUUUUUAAACUUUUCCUAUGUAGAGAGUCAUAAGCUGUUUAGUAUACCAGUGUUUAUUGUUUAAAUCUUUAUAUGCCAGAUUUAAGGGUAAAUGAUUAUAUUAUCAUGCUCUUUUUGCUCCCUUCUCUCAAAUUUUUUUUUUUAAUUAAUGUGGUAGUUCUCAAAAUCUUAACAAAAAAGAAAUGUUUAAUGGCAUGUAUUUUCAUAAAAAAACAAAAAGCAAAAAAAAAAAAAUUGGUGCUUAGAAAUUUUGUGAUCCCUUUUUUUUAAAAAAUAUUACAUGCUAACUUAGUUACCAAAACCUGGACACCUGUUAAAAAGAGAUGAAUGCAUGGUCUGUUAUUAAGACAUUAUCCCUUGUCACUUCCCAUCUGUUGCAACUGGUCUUUCCUCUGUAUAAAUACAUUGAAAACACACAAAUUAAAUAAUCUCCCGGAGCAGACGCAAUGUUCCACUUCACUCUAGCAUUGUAUCUUUGUUGUAGCCAACACAGUGUGAUUAUGUAAUACACUAUCCUAGCCCUGACUUCCAUGGUUUCAGUUAUGUGCAUUUUUUUUUCUUACACCUAAUUUUUUUUUUUAAUGUACAUGCAUAUAAUAUAUAUAAUUAAAUAUUUUAAUAUUUAUAUAUACAUUUCCCCUUCUCUGUAAGAGUGCACAUGUUCUUAUGGUAUUGGCCAGUUAAGAUUGUAAUUUAUCAUGAGGGGACGGAACUAUGUAAGGGAUGUUUUUGUGUUGACGUCUGCCAGAUUAAUUGCGAAGAUUAUGUGUACAUGUCCUUAAACAGAAAUUAAACAAAGAAAACUAUUCUAAGAAUCUUUAAACUUUUGUGUAAAAAUUACUGAUCAUGUUCUUUAUAAAAGGGAUUGGCCUUAUAUAACUUGUUUAAUAGCAAUCUAUGAAGAAAUAUGAAUUGAAAAAAAAAUUGUAAUGUAUCAUUAAUUAACAAUGAUUGGGCUCAAGCUAAGCUUACAUUAUGAAGAUGUAUUGAGAAGUUCAAAAAUUGUUUGCUUGAAAAGUAUUCACUUUAUUGUCUACCACUUUGAAAACAGAAAAUUGUGUUGCAUUGUUUCAUGAAGAGGAGAUUUUAAUAUGCCCAUUGUAUAGAAAGUAAUGUACGAAGUGGCAACUAGUGCACUGAACAAUCCAAAGGAUACAAUGGAUUUAGUUUCUCAGGUUUUUAAAAAUGGAAAUAAUUAAUUUUUUUUUUAUAAAUCUGUCCCAAGUCUGCUCCUUCCAAGUUUGAGAACCUUCCACCUUUGAAUACCUGUUGUUGUUUUUUUU